AUGGCCAACAAGGAGAAUCAAUCGCCACUCUCUAGCCGUCCGGCCUUCUCGCGACUGUCGCCCAACAACAAACCUGCGCUGAGCAGCCAGCGCGAUCACUCAGCAUGCAGGAACCCGGACACGCCACUCAAGGUCCGCAAGACGAGAGAGAACUUGAGGCAGCACGCCGUCUUUGCAGACAUACCUCCACCGUGUGUCCAUGCGCACUGUACGAAAGAUCACCAUGCUACACCCAUCAGUUCAUCGACGACUGUUGUCAGUAACCACCAGCUGCCCCGGGAACAGACUCCAGCACCGAGAGCGGAUGUAUAUGCCACAGAACCAGCGCCGCUGGCAACUCCAUCCUCUUCAUCCCGCAUGCAGCGCCAGAAGUCAGUCAGCCGUCGCAUGCUGUCAAGGGUCAAGCAGGGCAUCGGGAACCGAUCCAAGAGCUCACACUCCGUCCGACCAACCGAGUCUGACACCAGCCUGGCACGGAGACUGUCUGGUCGCCGCAAACCAAGCCAGGAGAUUGACAAACGCUCACACAGCUUCGAGAUCGCGCGAGCCAGCAUUGACAGUGGGAUUGACCAGACGCCGGCCUCGGUAAGCUUUGUACCUUCGACCGUGCAACGCUCGUUCACCGGCUCGACUGUGUCUACGAACGAGGCAUUGGGAGAGGGAUCCGCGAGCAACACCCCGGACUACGCACGACAACAUGGCGAGCUGGCUAGCCUGCGUCUUUCGCCUAUUCCGUCUUCUUCGCCACCACCUAAUCAAACGCCUCGGCCACCACCCCAGAGAGAGCUACCUCCACUGCCACAGUCCACGCCGAUCUCUUUGCACGUUCCUUGCAUUGAGCUGUGCGUGGCCUUGAGCUCCAGCGCGGUCGAUCUGCAUUCGAAGCAUGAUAUCUGGGUGGCUAUGGAGACUACCGUGAGGCCAAUGCCGACGACUCUCGACACAUCAGGCCAAACAUCCACCGGAACCUCAACCGUUGUCUCUGCGAGAUCACACCCAAUUGAUGACACUGAGGGCUCAAGCACAGCUCGAAACGUCUGCGGAAGCAUCUCAAGCCUCAGACUCUGUUUCAAGCCUGUUGGAGGCUGCAGUGUCCGCGAAGUGAUUGGACAGAAGACAUUCAAGGACUUGAAGAUUGGCCAGCAAUGCUCGCUGUUCAUCAAAGUGCAUGUCCCAAGGGUUCGCAUUCGAGACAGCUCAGUUGACCCCGACCCGGACUCACUACUCGCGGAACUGGAGAGCAUGAUUGGGACCUUGAAGAUGGAGAUUCUUCACCUCGAGGCACGCUACAGGCACUGCUUGCUGCCUUCCGACAACGUGGUCACCGUUCGUCACAUCUGCAAGGUAAAACGGCCUAAGACGGAAUCACGAUGGAGCGUUGUUGGUCUGGAUGCCACGUUGGGCUCAUCGUCAGACGUACAUGUUGCCUUGGCGCAGUAUCUGGCUGCCACAUACUCAGCUGCGCAUGCAGUGGACAUGCUGCAACGACAUAUCGACAAUGCUGCGAAAGAUGAGCCCGCCGUACGCCAGAUUCGGGAUUCGCUGAUGGAGAAGAUGGUGGCAUGCGAUCAGCAUCGCGGUGAAGACGUCAACCCAUCUGUUAUCGUCACCGACAGCGAGCUUGACGUCGUUCCGUCUGCUAACCCGCCGCCUGCUACUAAUUUUACGGCUCCUAGCACGCCGGCUGCUCGGGAACAGCCACGUGAGAUGCCAUCGACUCCUAGAACGAUGGAAAGAAAGCCCAAGCUCAAAGAGCAAGGACUUCUCGGACGCCCUGUCAUUGCCGCACCUCCAGUGCUCUCGCUGGCAAAGACGACCAUUUCACUCUCGGGCUCAGCGCGUCCCUUCUCACCAGAGCCUUGUGCUAACGACGAAGCAAACCUCGAGCGAUCGGACUCUGCCAGGCAGCUGUGGCGUCACAUUCGCAGAACGUCGCUAUCGACGAAACAGCUUGAAGAGCUGACAACCCAGGCGAGCAAAGGGCAUCUCGAGCCACCAGACGAGUCGGUCAAUGAGCUUCAACGCCAAGCUCUAGCCAACAAGAGAAGCGUGGGGGCGGAGACGCUGAGGGCAUGGAAGUGGGACGAGAAGCUGGAUCAGGACUACAGGCCUCCUGAGGCUCCGUGGAUGUGA